AUGAAUCAUGCCUACUCUAAUGUUAUCAUGAGACCCUGGCCCAGAUACGUACCAAAGGUUCCCACCACGCCUUUCAGGGAUCAGGUGGUGAACCAGCAAACGCUGUCCUCAAAGGAGGCAGACCCAAUCCCUGCUCUGCUCUGUCCCGUUUGCACCUUGUGCUUAUACGUAGAUCGUACGCAGAGCUUUAGGGCCUCAGGCCAGCUGUUUGUCUGCAAUGGGGGACAGCAAAAGGGAAAGGCUGUCUCCCAGCAAAGGCUCAACCACUGGAUAGUGGAUGCCAUAGUCUUGGCUUACCAAGCUCUAGAUCAUGCUCGGGGUGAGGGGUCAUUCUACGAGGAGCGUAGCUUCCUUCUGGGCAUUGGCACAUGGCAUGGAGGGAGGCUGACCAGAUGGAUUCCUGACAUCAGACCCAACAUUGUCUCCAGUCUCUCGUCCAGAAGAAUUGUUCUUUUGGGUCAAGCUGGUGUUGGGAAAAGUGCAUCUGGAAACACAAUACUGGGACAGAAAGUGUUCAGAUCUGAGAUGGCAAUGAAUGUGGUAACCCAUGAAUGUUCAGAGGAACACACCACUGUUUCAGACAGAUCUGUGUCUGUAGUUGAUACUCCUCCAUUCUUUGACACACACAUGAAACCAGAGGAGUUAGUGAUGGGGAUAACAAGAAGAUCCAGUCCUGGACCUCAUGCUUUUCUCAUUAUUCUGCGUGCAAAUGAUAGAUUCACUGAGCAGGACCAGCAGAUUCCUCAGAUGAUUGAGAUGAUGUUUGGUCAGGAGGUGUUAAAAUACUCCAUCAUUCUCUUCACUCAUGGAGAUCGGUUAGAAGAGCCCAUAGAGGAACUCACUGAGGAAAACAGUAGAUUAAGGCAUCUGGUUGAUCGUUGUGGAGGCAGAUUUCACGUCUUCAACAACAGAGAUCAGAAUAAAAGUGAUCAGGUGAAUGUUCUACUGCAGAAGAUUGACACAAUGAUAGAGCAGAAUGGAGGAGGACAUUACAGUAAUCAGAUGUUUUAAGAUGCUCAAAGAUUCAGACAAGAGGACGUAGAGAGGAGACUG